UUUAGAGGGCAUGAAGAACAGAAUAUUUACGUUUUACAUGCCAUAACUAGUAGAUUAAUAGGCGAUGCCGCCGCGUUAUUAUCCGAGCGCGAAGAUAUUAAUACUUGGCCCGCUUUAAAGGAAUUACUAGAACAGCAUUUUGGUGAUCCGCGUAGUGAGGAUUGCAUAAAAAUCUCUCUCGAGUCCUGUAAAAUUAAAUCCGGCGAAAGUUACCUUGAAUUUUGUAAUAGGAUACAGAAUAUUCGAUCAUUAUUAAUAUCGAAGGUAAAUUUAUCGGUAGAUACGGAAAUGAAACGCGCGAAAAUUGCGAUUUAUAAUCAUACAGCCCUGAACGUUUUCUUGUAUAAUUUACCCGAGAGCAUGGUGCGUAUUGUAAGACUGAAAUCACCUAGUACAUUAGAACAGGCUUUAGAAAUCGUUUUAGAAGAAGUUAAUUUUCACGAGCAAUACCAAUCACGCAAUCGUAUCCACAAUAAUACAACGCUGCCGAAGCAAACGCCUAACGUUACGGUGCCCCAAUUUUUACAAAAUAAUCCUCAACAAAGAUUUAAUUUCGGGAUACCAAAUGUACCUCAAAAUGCACAGCAGCCAAAAUUUGGUUUUAAAUUUACAUCCCAACAACCGUUUAAUAAAAAUCCACAAUUUGGUUAUAAGCCACCGUUUAAUAAAAACCCACAGUUCGGGUAUAGGCCUUCAUUCAAUCAAAAUCCACAGUUUGGUUAUAGGCCUACAUUUAAUCAAAACCCACAAUUUGGUUAUAGGCCUCCUCAAACUUUUGGUAUGAAGCCGCAGCAUUUCGGUCAAAGACCUCCACAAAAUAACCGCUUUGAGUCUACUGACGUUUCCAUGAGGACGGCACCCCCUCGACCACAAAUAACUCAGCAAGGUUUUAGACUGAAUGAAACCGACAUACAUAAUGACAAUUUACUAUAUGACAAUAAUUAUUACUAUGACUAUAACCCUUACGACUAUACGAAUUACGAAUACGAUGAGAAUGAUAUUUAUACACCCACUGACGAUACUGAAGACAUUAAUGUGCUUCCGUCUGAUGAAGAAAAUUUUCAAACGGAAGCCUCUACAAAGGAGAAAUCAUAGAAUUAAAUUGCGAUCCAAAUCUGAAAUUGCCACACAUUUAUAUUCCUGAAAUUAAUUCCAAAUUUAUGAUUGAUACUGGGAGCACGCGAUCAUUUAUCAGCCCCCGAAUUGCCUAUCAAUAUUUUCCGAAUUUUAUAAAAUAUGAACCCUUUAAAGUUAUAAGCACCCAUGCAUCCAGUCAACAUGACGAAGUUAUAGAAAUUCCGCUUUUUCCAACGUUAAAUACCCCUGACGACCACAAAUUUCAUUUGUAUGACGUAGACGAACGCUAUGACGGACUUAUUGGUAAUGACCUACUAAAAAAAAUAGACGCAAUAAUUGACCUGAAACAUUUGCUACUGAGAACCAGGAACACAGACAUCCCCAUCAUUAAUAAUAACUUAGAUUAUAUUAUCCACUUGCCACCCCGAUGUGAGCAGAAGGUAAAAAUUCCUACCGACCUUCACUCAGGUGUUGCAGUAAUCGACUUUAAAGAAUUUAAACCCGGAGUAAGAAUGCCCUCAGCAUUAGUUAACUGUAAUAAUGGCUAUGCAACAACAAUAAUCCAGAAUAGCGUAGAAUCACCCAUGACUCUGAAAAUUAACGAACCUCUUCAAACAUCAGACCCUUCCGAUUGUAACUUUGUACAUAACGACAAACACAACGACAACGAAGAUGACGAAUUACUCAAAAAUAAUUUAUCAAAGCUGAGACUUGACCACACUAGCGAAAUAGAGCGUAAUAAGAUAUUCGCCCUAUGUCACGAAUAUAGGGACAUAUUUUAUUGCGAACAAAUCCCAUUAAGUUUUACCAACGAAGUUAAACAUAAAAUUAAUACCAAAAACGAAGACCCGAUUUUUG